AUGGGCUCCUGCCCUGGGGAGCCCUUCAACCAAGCUCUGGAGCCGCUGCUAGGCCUGGGGUGCUUCCUGUUGCCCCGGAGGCUGCGGGAUGGGCAGAUCAUUGCUGGGGCCGGGUUGAGCCCGGCCUUCCCUCCCUGGCCGGCACUCCCAGCCAGUUCCGUUAAAGACCAGAGGACUAAAUUCCUUGAACCCUGCCUGCAGGCCCGGUGCCCGUUGUCCGACUCCAGCGCUGGCACCUUUGCCCGAGUUGCGAAACGCAGCCGUCCCGUCAACCAGCCACCCAUCCCAGACAGGGGAGGCGGCACGUGGGAAACGGGAGGGACACACACGGAGGGUUCCUCGCCCCCCAUGCCUCCCCCACGCCUCCCUCAGCUCGCCGUCCGCAGAGCCUGCCAGCUUGGGGGGCUGGCCCUGGGCAGCCUGACCUCCAUCCUCUUGCUCCUGGGCUGGCACCGGGAGCAGCUCGUCCCCAGCACCCCUGCCGCCACCCUCAGCAGCCAGACCAUCUCAGCCCUGACCGACGGCACCUUCACCUUCCCCUUGAACCGGAGCACCUACGAAGCCCACUUCCCUCACCUGCAGCUCUACCAGUGCCAGGAGGUGAUUCCCCGGGACGACUUGUGCCAGGGUCCCUCCGGGGCGCCUCUGCUGCUCCUGGCCAUCAAAUCCCACCCGGCGUCUACCGGCAGGAGGGCCACCCUGCGCCGCACCUGGGCCCGGCCGACGGAGCUGGGGGGCUUCCGGGUGCGGCCCCUCUUCCUCAUGGGGGCCACCUCCAACCAGAAGGACCUGGAGCUGGUGGCGCUGGAGAGCCGCGUGUUUGGCGACAUCCUGAGGUGGGAUUUCCUGGAGUGCCACCACAACCUGUCGCUCAAGGAGCGCUGCUUCCUCCGGUGGGUGCACGGGCACUGCCAGCAGGCGGCCUUCGUCUUCAAAGGGGACGACGACCUCUUUGUGAACCCCAAGGUGCUGACCGAUUACCUCCGCCGGACGCCCAACGUCUCCCACUUCAUCCACGGCAACAUCCAGGCCCACUCGAAGGUUAUGCGGUGGAGCAAGUAUGCCGUCUCGCGGGACUUCUACCCCCUGGACCACUACCCCAACUUUGCCUCCGGAGGGGGCUUCAUCAUGUCGCGGGUGGGGCUGGCUGCCCUGUACCGGGCCUCUCUGCAGCUGCCCGUCUUCCCCCUGGACGACGUCUACCUGGCCUUCCUGACGCUGGCAGCCAAGAUCCCCCACCGGCACGACGGGGCCUUCCGCGUGUGGGGCAUCCCCAAGGACGAGCUCUCGGCCUACCAGCGCUCUGUGUGCAUCCAUGGGGUCAGCAUGGAGAGGAUCGAGGAGGUGUGGAAGGAGCUGGAGAGGACCCCAGAGGACCCCCGGACCCCCUCUUAA